GCUACCGGAAAGGCCAUUGUGUUGUCACUUUUACAAGCUAACCCUGCGAAUUAGUCGCGCCUUUUCUGACAUAAUUCAGGGCGGCAGCUGAGUGGAAAAUGUCUGCAGGUAUGCCGUCGUGCAGCUUAAACCUCGAGUCCCAGCUUUUGUCCAUAAUGGACGUGCUGGUAAAGGCUGCGGUGACGGAAAUCAGUCAGAUGUUCUCGGAGAACUCGGCGACCAUCCGGCUCCAUCUGAGCCAGAGCCUGAAGGAAAACGAAGCCCUGAGGAUGAGGAUGAAGGUGAUGAGGAGUGAACUUUUCUCCCUCCGGCUGCAGACCAGGACGCAACGACCGCCCAGCCGAUUUUCCUCGAAAGGAAAUGUCCCUAAACCACGGACUAAACCGCAAGUGGUUCAGAAGACUGUUGAGGAAGUUGUUUCUAUUUCUCUACAAUCAAAGGAGAAGACUUCCUCUGCUGCCUCUCGAUUAGAGUGUGCAGAUGUGGAGAACCCAGAUGUCAUCCUAAUCAAAGAUGAGGACGACUUUGGAGAAUGUGAGCAGGUUCAAGGUCAGGACCACUUUGGAAACCAAAGUAAGCAGAGUGGUAUUGCCACUGUGAAUGUAGAGCCUGCGGGUUCUUCCUGCUUAACAGAAAAUAAUGUGGAGCUGAGAAUCGUAAGUGUUCAUGGACGAGGGGAGGGGCCUCUGCAGGAGGAGAGCAGCCUCUUUAACGUCACUCAACUCCAGGCUUUUAGCUCUCUGUCUCCAGAACACAGCAUCCCUCAUGAUAGUUUUGUGGAUUUCACUUUGGGAUCCAAUGAUGGACCCUCGAUCAGAGGGAUGCAGAAUAACAGCGUUGUAGUGGCAAGAAACAGCCAGCUGGAAAAGGACAAUUCCACCCAGGUGACUUCAGCAGCAUUGAAUCCUGCAAUGAAAACAAUAUUUUUAGAACCUGAUAGUCAUGCGGGGCCACCCAGUCAUAUCAGCCAGUUCCCCCAGCUGCAGAAUGUCUUCCCUCAAACUGUUAACAAAUCCAUGGACUGUAGCUUCUGUGGGGAGCGUUUCCUCAGCCGCGAAGACCUAAUUGUACACCGGGCAAGUCACACAGGGGAGUCCCCUGUUUUAUGUUCAUUCUGUGGCAAGUCCUUCGUCAACAAGACUACACUGGGCAUCCACAUGCGCAUUCAUACCGGGGAGAAGCCAUAUGCGUGUACACAGUGUGGGAAACGCUUCACACAGAACGGUAGCCUCAAGAUCCACCUGAGAACUCACUCUGGAGAGAAACCAUACACCUGCAAUCAUUGCACCGCAAGCUUCAACAACCCCAGCAACCUGCGCAGGCACAUGAGCCUACACAUCCCAAAUGGAGCACUCUAAUGAUGAGAGAACAAUGUUUUAGCAUGUUAUAUCACUGACACCUGUACCACAGAGUUUUUUUCUUGAAAGAUGUGAUCUUGCCCUUUUUUAUUUGAUUUCUUUUUCCAAAGGUCAAAAGUUGACAUAUGUUAUAUAAUCACCUAAGACAGUUACUAAAAAUUAAAGAGGUCAUAUUCUGCCCUUUUGGGGGUUCGUACAUUUAAUCUAUGUACCUACUGAAGUAUGUUCACAAUAG